AUGAGUCCAGAGGUCGCCCAGUACCUCGUAGGGGGAGUGCUCAAACCCUCGGUAAGGGGCUUCAUCUACGGCUACGUGUACGUGGUGCUUCCUCGCCUUCUCAAAGUGAUAGGCAAAGCCCGCCGUGAAAAACAGCUGAAAUCACAGCUAUGGCAAAGGAUCAAGCGGGUAUUGGUCAGAGCGUGCCACCCCGCCAAGUUCCCGAUGUUUGUCGCUCGCUUUGUCGCCGGGAUCAGGCUCCUCCAGCCGCUUAUCGCUUCGGUGUACUCAUCGUCGCCAUUCACGUCCACCUUCGGGGCAGCGCUUAUCCUGGGGCUCGUCAACUUUGGCAGCUACCAGCGCCACGUGCUGAGGUUCCUUUCGCUUGACUUCACGUUGAUUGUGGCUACAAGAGCGUUCGACACCGCGUUCCUGCAAAUGUGCUACCUGGUGGUGCCUGCCGCCGUCGGCGACGGGCUUCUCUUUGUGCUUGCGUGUCUGUUCAUCAUGUACGCGUGGUUCUUUGAGCCCCAGACGUUACCGCCCAGCUACCGCAACUGGAUCACCGCCGCUGCCAAUAUGGACUCCGAGAUCGUACGUAUUUUGAAGGCGUUCCGCGACCGCAAGGCUGAAUACGGCACUCCCGAGCCGACCCAUCUCCAGAUGAUGUACGACUAUUGCACUCGCUACGGGCAGGCCCCCGAGCGGGGCGAUUUCGUCGUCACCCAGCCCAUCGAGUGUGAGACGGUGCACGCGUUCAAAUGCAAGAGCUGCGAGCUCCACGCCCUCUGGCGGUUCCAGCGGGGGUUUCUCUUUGCCUUGAAAGUGUACGGCCCGUUAAAUGCGGUGAUGUGGUUGAUCCGCCGGGGCCUGGUGCUCAGAGCCGUGGUGUCGACUGCCCGGUCGCUGGCGUUUUUAGGGGCGUUUAUUGGCCUUUACUGGUACGCGGUGUGUCUUACCCGAACCCGUUUAGCCCCUCAGUUAUUCCCCAACAUCGAUAGACGCAAAUGGGACGUCACCUAUGCCCCCACCGCGGGAGCGAUGCUCUGUGGCUUCUCUGGUUUCAUUGAGACGGCGGCGCGACGCAAGGAGUUGGCGUUGUUUGUCACCCCGAGAGCGUUGGGGACGUUGGUGGCCACCGACUGUAAGUGCCGCAAGCACUUGAUGAUGGAGAACGUGUGUUUCAGCGUGCUGAUGGCGGUGUUGGCCGCCUACCUGGGGGUGUACCCGAAACGGGUGCGGGGUCUUUUUGGUAAAGGCUUAGCACGAGUGUUGAACUAG